UUGCACUUUUUUGUGGUAUGAUCUCACAGUCAGCUUUCAGCUUUACUUACGGGCGAAAUUAAGCAGGAGCAAAGAAGUGCAGUCAUCAGUGAAGUGACAAGUCACAACUGUUGUGCUGCUGCUGAUCUCUCCUUCCUCUUUGCCUGCUGCCUUCCUUCAAAUCCUGAUAAGCUUGAGAGCAGUGUCAAUAAUUGUAGUCCACUGAGACGGACGGGCGAAGCUCGAGUUUGUUGACCAGCAGCAGCAGCCGACGACGAUUGUGUCCUUAUUGCAAUAAUCUCAACAAAAUAGUUAUGAGCUAACUAGUCAACUCACAAAACUACAAUAAUCAAUCUUAGGACGACAUCAGAAGUUGAACAGAAAUAUUUAAGAAUAAUUUUUAAGGGUAUUUUAUUUGUGCAAACGGAAAAAGCCUGUUUAUAAAUUAAUUAGAAAAUAGAGCACCGCCUUUUAGGAAAAAUAUGGCACUAAACGCCUCCAGCAUUUCCUUGUCGACCUCUGCAGUGGAGCAGAGGCCGGCUGACCCACCAGCCGAAGAUGCUAUCAAAGUUGUGUGUCGUUUUCGUCCCCUCAACACUGCCGAGGUCAAGGCAGGCUCCAAGUUCGUGGCAAAGUUUACCGACGAGAAUUGCAUCACGAUUGGGGGGAAGGUCUAUGUUUUCGAUAAAGUGUUCAAGCCGGACUCGACUCAAGAGCGAGUGUACGACGAUGCUGCCAAGUCCAUCGUGAAAGAUGUCCUUUGUGGCUACAACGGAACUAUUUUCGCCUAUGGUCAGACUUCUUCCGGCAAGACGCACACGAUGGAGGGCGUUAUGGGCGAUUCCGACAUGCAAGGCAUCAUUCCCCGAAUUGUGAACGAUAUAUUCAACCACAUCUACUCUAUGGACGAAAAUUUAGAAUUUCAUUUAAAGUGCUCGUAUUACGAAAUUUAUUUGGACAAGAUUCGAGACCUACUGGACGUUACUAAAGUUAAUUUAAGUGUACACGAGGAUAAGAAUAGGAUUACGUACGUGAAAGGUGCAACUGAACGAUUUGUUUCAUCUCCUGAAGAAGUGUUUGAGGUUAUCGAGGAAGGAAAAUCUAAUAGACAUAUAGCAGUUACAAACAUGAACGAACACAGCAGCAGAAGUCAUUCUGUAUUUUUAAUCCACGUAAAGCAAGAAAAUUUGGAGAACCAGAAGAAAUUGUCGGGAAAAUUAUACCUGGUCGAUUUAGCUGGAAGUGAGAAGGUUUCAAAAACCGGGGCAGAAGGUCAAGUUCUGGACGAAGCGAAAAAUAUCAACAAAUCCUUGUCUGCCUUGGGAAAUGUUAUUUCCGCUCUAGCCGAAGGAGUUCGUACUCACAUCCCUUACCGUGACUCCAAAUUGACUCGAAUUCUUCAAGAAUCCUUGGGUGGCAAUGCAAGAACCACGAUCAUCAUUUGCUGUUCUCCUGCCUCGUUUAAUGAGUCUGAAACAAAAUCUACGCUAGACUUUGGUCGAAGAGCCAAGACUAUUAAGAACGUGGUCAGUGUAAACGAGGAGUUGACAGCAGAAGAGUGGAAACGUCGCUACGAGAGAGAAAAGGACAAGGUGGCCAGACUUCGGGGAAAAUUAGAAAAGGCGGAAGAGGAAUUGGAACGGUGGAGAAAAGGAGAAACGGUCUCGGCUGAAGAACAGGUGUCACUGAAAGAUGAGUCCGCCGCUGCUCCCACUCCGAGCGAACCAGCACCACAACUCGUUCCGGCGAAACCUACAAUGGUUGCCUCCUCGAUAUCUUCAGACGAACAGGAGAGGUUAUAUCAGCAGCUGGACGAAAAGGACGAGGAGAUCACACAACAGUGUCAAAUGGUCGAGAAAUUGAAAGAGCAACUCAUGGAACAGGAGGAGCUCAUUUCAACAUCGAGACGUGAUUAUGAAAAGCUACAGCAAGAAAUGUCCAGAAUUCAGGCCGAGAACGAGGCAGCGAAAGACGAAGUCAAAGAAGUUCUUCAGGCAUUGGAAGAACUCGCCUUGAACUAUGACCAGAAGGCGGGUGAAGCUGAGGGAAAAACUCGGGAAUUUGAUGUUCUAAAUGAAGAACUCACCCAGAAGCAGGCUCAGCUCAACUCUACUCUAUCCGACUUGCAAACCCUGAAAGAUAUGUCUUCCCAUCAAAAGAAAAAGACAAACGAAAUGUUGGCCAGUUUGUUGAUGGAUCUCAAUGAAAUUGGCCAAGCAAUCGGAGCACCGCUCGUGGAGAAUAUCAAACUGGGCGAAAAAGUUGAAGAAGAAUUUACCGCUGCUCGUUUGCUUGUUGCUAAAACAAAAACAGAAGUAAAAAACCUUGUCCAUCGAUGCACAUCCUUGGAGAAUACACAAACCGAUUGCAAUAAAAAGAUUGACGAGUACGAAAAGAACUUGGCGGAAUGUCGACUAAAACUGGCACAAACGGAGGGUCGGAUAACUGCAUUGCAAGAAACGUCCAAGGAAAUUGAGAGCAGAAAGCGUGCCCUGGAGGAGCAAGUGGACUCUUUGAAUCAUGAAUGUACACGCUUGCGAGCCCAAGAAUCUCUCGGCCCAGCAACGGCUCAGGCGGACACGACGGUGAAGGAAGCUCUGGAGAAACAGCUCGAACAAAAUCGAGAACAGCAUCAGAAACAAGUUCAGAAUCUCCGAGAUGAAAUUGAUGCCAAGCAGGCCGUUAUUGAUCAAUUAAGAGACACAACACAAAAAUUGGCUUGUCAGCAGCAACAAUUGCAGGAUGACUACGGGAAACUUAAAUCGGAGGAGUCUGAUCGCAGUAGCAAGCUGCAACAGUUGAUAUUGGCCCAAGAGAAACGAGAGCAGGCACGAAAGGAUCUGAACGGUCUUCAAGAAACUGUCUCAAAGGAGUUGCAAACGUUGUUAAAUUUGAGAAAAAUGUUUGUGAACGAUUUACAAAAUAGAAUGAAAAAGUCUGUUGGCUUUGAACACGCCAGUUUAGAAGUGGCCGAAGACGCUGGUGGUUCGCUUGCCCAAAAGCAAAAGAUCUCAUUCCUUGAAACAAACUUGGAACAACUUACCAAAGUUCAUAAGCAAUUAGUUAGAGAUAAUGCCGACCUGAGAUGUGAAUUACCAAAGUUGGAGAAGCGGCUUCGUGCCACGAUGGAACGUGUUAAAGCAUUGGAAGCUGCCCUUCGAGAAGCGAAGGAGGGAGCGAUGCGUGAUCGAAAACGGUAUCAAUAUGAAGUGGACCGAAUUAAAGAAGCCGUUCGUCAGAAAAAUCUUGCGAGACGGAGUCACGCUGCUCAAAUUGCGAAACCUAUUCGGGCUGGCCAACCACAACAUGUUACACACCCAAUUGGGAUUCGAGGUGGUGGAGGAAUGACGGCCUCCACCAUUAAAAACGGAGCAAAUGACUAAAGAAUGCCUUGCUCUGGAGACUCAAAGAAAUAUACUAUUGUGAAUUUAUACAAGAUGUUACCCAAAACGGUAUUAAGUAUGUGUUUUGCAGAAGAGUGGUCAAUGUGAGUGGUGAUUCGUUUCCAGUUAGUUUUAAUGUUUUAAGAUUUUGGGAUUGGCUCCCGUCAAAAAAGUGCAUUUUAAAAAUUUUAGCAAUAUUGCAGGUUGUUUAGAAAGUUAAUUCCAACAAGUUUCAUUUUUAGCACAUGAACAAAUCCGUAAAUUGUUAUAUAACUCACUCAUUGUAUUAGUAUCUAUUAUGCAGUGCUAUUAGCCUACCUAACUAUAUUAUAUUCUUGUUGUAAUUUACACAUAGCAGGUUAUUAUGCAGAUACUAAAUACUACUACUUUGUACAGGAGAGAGAACUCUAGCCUAGUUUUAUUUACAGCAGAAUAAUAAUAAUUGUAUUUCGGGUUAGGGUCCGUUGGGGUUGAUAACGUUCCUCUCUCUCACACACACAACUCCUUCCUCUUGCAAGGAUUGCAAGGAUUUAAAAAUGAGGUGAUCGAUAUGAAUACACAUUUAGUAAUGGCUUCAAUGAGACUGCUAUAUCGCUAAAUAUUGUACUAAAAUCAUCUUGGUCACCAAAUAAAUCUCCGUAAUUGGCUCACUUCACGCUCGCCUUAAAUAAUAAUAAACCUUGUGCAAGGAUGAA